GAGCAUACUUGAGUAUAAGUAGCUCGGAAUUGUGGCCAAAUAGACGCAAUCGACGCAAUGGCGGCCAAACAGAAGAGUCAAAAGAGUUUGGCAUUCUUCUUAAAUAGUUUCAAGAAAAGUCUGAAUGUGUUUCUAAGGGAAACUGGACUGCACGGACUGAAAUUUGUGGGCGAUUCAGCGCUCAGCAUUUGGGAAAGAUCCUUCUUCUUGAUUGCCUUCUUGGCCGCAUUCGUGAUGACCUGCCAGCUGAUAUCGAACAUUUAUGCCAAGUGGAAUAGUACGCCAGUUAUCAUAGGCAUCAGCCCGCAUGCCACAUCGAUUCUGAAGGUGCCCUUCCCGGCCAUAACUAUAUGCAACAUGAAUCAGGUUCAGCGCAGCAAAGUGCUGCAUUACAAGAAGGGUUCGAGUGAGUUUGAUGUUCUGAAACUGCUCUGCAGUCCCGAGUCGACCGAGACUGAGGAAUCUGUGGAUGCUGAUCCCACGAUGUGGUCCACUUUAUUUGGCAACAACAGCUUAAGAAUAUCCGACUUUGUCACCAAUCAUUCCCAGCCUUGCGCACAAAUGCUGCGGUAUUGCAGAUUCAGUGCCGUGGAGUACGAUUGCGCCCAAUUAUUCCGACAUAUUAUCACUGAUGAGGGCUUAUGUUGUGUAUUCAAUUUUCUGCCUUCAGAGUUUUUAUAUAAGCCCUAUUCGAAUAGCGGCAAAAACUUAACAGGAAGACUUGGACACGUGCCCGUCGCCUGGGACCCAGAAACCGGGUAUCCCGCGAACUUGCCAAAACUAUAUUAUCCAACAACGGCUGUUGGUACCGGCAUAACAAUGGGCUUUACGGCAGUUCUGGAUGCACAAUUGAGCGAAUAUUAUUGCUCCUCUACGAACGGAAUUGGUUUCAAGAUCCUAUUUCACAAUCCCAUAACGAUGCCCAAUGUUAAGGAGGAGGGCCUUGUUGUGGGCGUUGGUUACGAGACGAACUUUCGCCUCGAGGUUAGCAGCUCAGAGGCGAUGCCGAGCAUUCGCUCCAUAUCACGCGACGAUCGACAGUGUGUUUUUAAGAACGAGAAGGAGCUGCUCUACCACAAGAUCUACACACACAAAUAUUGCGAAAACGAAUGCAUUGCCAAGUUUCUGUACAAGACCUGCAACUGCAUACCGUACGCCUAUCCGCAUAUUUACAGAAAUGCGAGCGUCUGCAGCGUGCGAGAUGCGAUCUGCAUCCGUCGCGCCCAGCGUCCGGAGAAUAGGCCGGAGUCGUCGAAAUGCCGGAAGGAAUGCCUGCCCAGCUGCUUUGAUCUAUCGUACGCGGCCGAUGCGUUAUACUUUCCCCUGGCCAAACGCGACUUUCGGAUUGCUAACAAACAGUUGGCCAAUAUGAACAAAUCCUAUGUGCUGGAGAACAUUGCCGUCAUGAAUUUGUACUACCGGGAAUCUGCCUAUUACGGCAGUAUGAGGAACGUCUAUAUCGGCUUUACGGAGUUCUUGUCUAAUAUUGGCGGUGUUAUGGGAUUGUUUAUGGGUUUCAGCGUGAUCUCAAUAGCCGAAGUGCUCUACUUUCUAGUCUUGAAACCAAUUUCAGAGCUCAUAGCAUGGAAGCGCAGUAAAAAACUGGACGGUAUUAAACCUAAUCCAUUGGAGGUGCAGGACACGUAUGAAUUCAACCAAAACAAAAAUAUAUGGCAUACCAAAGAACUGUAUCCUAAGGGAUUCGCAGCGAAGAGCUUUAGGCUGAGCAGGAAAAAUACAAAAAUUCUUCGCAUCAAAGACAGGCUCGAUAAUAGGGCUUUUCUUUAAAAUCAUUUUUAAGGAAUUCGUAAAUGUUUCACCGAUUUAGUUAAAUUCACCGCUACGAGCGGAAAAUGCGUGAAAAACUGUAGUAUGAAAAAUUUUUGUUUUUUUAGGAUGAAACUAAUCCCUUUUCAGACAGAUGGUCGGACAGACAGAGGCAGCUGGCCAAGAAUAUAUGUAUAGGCUGUAAGAAUUUGGACAAGUGCAAUAGAUUCUGUUGAUUCACAAAGGGUGAGGGGUAUAUAGGGAAGCUCACAUGUCGGUCAAGAGUUGCUAAGUCAUCGGCAUAUAUGAAUUCCAACAAUGGUAUUUUAAUAUUAGUUUGGACUACAACGAAAUAGGACAACUGCCCAUUAAAUUGAAAUAUCAUACAAAGGGCCUCAAGUGCCCAAAAAAAGGAUCUAAAUAUUAUAUUAGACAAUUACCUAUAAUAGCAGAGACUUAGUUAAGUAUGCAAACUUUAAUUACCUUGAG